AUGCGAUUCAACAUUCUCAAAGCUGGAAUUGCCGCUCUUCUGGCCGCAGCUCUUCCCGUAGAAGCUGCGUCGAGUAGCACGUUUGCGACGAGGAGGAGCACCACGACGCUCUUCAUUCCGCCUGCUAACACGGGCAAUGUUGCCAUCUGGGCCUCCCCUAUGACCUCGUCCUCAUCUACCACGCGAUACCUGCUCGGCUGCCAGAACAACUGGGUCACACCUCAAAGGUGCAAUGGCGACUUCAAGGGCGUCAUCCUCACCCAGGCCCCCAACGAGGUCCAUGUCGCCAUCGCUGGCACGACCUACGACUGCACGCUCAACUCCAACAACGCCGUCUGCGCCACAAAGACCGCCGCCAGCGCCCAGGCUUCGAACACCACAGUAACGGAGACGGCCAAGUGGAUGACUGGCGUGACUAUUGUCGAUACGCGUGUGAAGAUUUGCAGCACGACCAAGAGCAAGAACAAGCCAUCCGCCACAUCGUGUUCUGAGCGUGCAGCCUACGUCAACGUCGCGGGGUACGGCGAUAGUGCUGCUUCUCCUUUGCAGUUUGUCGCUACUGCGGCCGUUGGCAUGGUAUUGGCCGCCUAUCUUGGAGUUGCCCUGCUUCUCUGA